AUGGCCGACGAAGACGGAGCCUCUCCUCGCGAACUCAUUCUCGAAGCCUGCCGACGCAACAACACCGAACUGCUGCAGGACACAUUGAAGGAGCUGACGGCGGCCGCGACAAAGUCGGGAAAGAAGCCCGAAGACCAUGUUGCCGACAUACUCAACAAUGCGCGGGACGGCAUGGGCAACGGCUGUCUUCACGUCGCUGCCACGUACGGAAGCUUCGAGGUCAUCGACAUGCUGCUUGACCAGGAAGGCCUCGAGAUUGACGAGAUCGACCGCAUGGAACAAGACACGCCCCUCCACAAAGCCGUACGCUACGUCAAUGCGCUCGACCAGGACGUCUGGCAACACGGCCAAUCCAUCGUCGCCAUGCUCCUAGACGCGGGAUGCGAUCCGAGAAUACGGAACAAGGCCAAGCUCAAGCCCGUCGAGCUCGUCGACCCGCGGAACAAGGAGCUGAGGAGCAUGCUGCAAAAGGGCGAGUUUGCCAUGCAGAUGGGCGGAGACGUUGUCGAGGAUGACGACGACGGCCCCGCGGGCACGGGAAGCGAGAGCGACUGA